CCUGGUCUCUCCAGGUCUCUAUGGGUGGGGGUCCUUUUAUUAUCUCUCUGAGAGGUGGAAUCUUGCCCUGCAGGGACCUCACAGCCGGCCAGUUCUUCUUGGUGUCUGGCCCAGGUAGAAUACUGUCAGCUGUCUUCUUCAGAGCCAGGAUCCUGGGGCUGGGGAGGGCUUCAAGGUAGUGACUAGCAUGCAGGAGGGUCUGUGGGGCCAGUUCCUUGGGAGAUGGUUUCCACAGCCCAGAGCACCCUAUAUUUGUCUGGCUAGGGUGGCCUCCCCCUGACCUGGCACUGGGACUGUGCAUCCUUGAUAGGACCCACUCCUCACCUGUCCCUCCCUCAGCGUCUCUCCCCUUUGUCACUCUCUUCUGCAGCCUCACUUCCAGCUCUGUCGAGCCCCACUUCUCACCCCCUCUCCCAGGUCUGUCGGUCCCUUUGGGUAGGUAGGUAGGUAGGGCUCGGUCUCCCUCCCUCUGGGAUCGUCCAGCUUGCCCCCUGCACUGCUCGUUGCUCCCCUGUCCCAGUCAGGUCUUUCUCGGGGCGGGGUGUGUGGGGGCGUGGAGAGCAAGGAGUCAGAUCGCCAACAGACUGUGGGAGGAAGGCAAGGACCCGCUCCCUUCGUCGCUUCGAGGAGGGCCGAGCGGACCCAAAGACUUGAGGGCUCAGGGUCUGGGGGCCCGAGGGUCCUGCCGAGGGGGCGGUGGUUGGGUCUGGCCCGCCGACCGGCCAGGGUUAGAAGACAGCUGGGGCCCGGCUGAGCUGGAGGUGGGAGGGGGGCGGAACCUCGUAGUGCUCCCCUCCCCCACUUUCUUAAAGGGCCGGGGGCGGGGCCUUGCGGGACGGGGCUGGCUGCGCCCUCCCCGGCAGGGUCAGGGGGCACCGUCAGACCCUCGGUGCUGAGGCGCGGCGGGCCGGCCAGCCAGAGUGGCCGCUGUCGCCUCCAGGCUCCUCUCCGGCCGCCCCCCCGCCUGCAGUCCCUCCGCCCUUCCCCGCCCUUCCCGCUCCUCCCUCCCUCCUUCCCUCCUUCCUUCCCUCCCUCCUGCCGUCCGUCCCCCCAUCUCCGCUCAGCUUCUCCACAGCCGCGGCUCCGACACCUAAAGGGACAGAAGCGGGCGCGGGAGCCCCGACAGGCGGCGGCGGAGUGGGACGGUCAGUCCAGCGGCAGCCUCUGCAUGGCUCCGCCGUGAGAGGCUGGACCCAGCGUCUGGGACCAGGAGCGAUUCUGGUUCAGGAGAACUGAAGCGGGGCCUCAUAAUCUGUAUUCUAACAAGUCCCUCAGGUGACACUCAUGACUAGGUCUAGUGGAGUCCCAGGAGCAGCCAGCUCAAGGUGGAAGCAGUGGCUGCCAUGGAUGAGGAUAAGCCACCAUCUGUACUGCCUGGGGAAGGUGGUGCCGCCUGGGACGCCAGCCUGGAGCCCGAGGAGGCACCCGAGGUCCAGAAUGGAAUGGGAGCCAGUGAGGACCUGAAUAGUAGUGACAACAGCCCAGGACAUGAGAUAAGGCAUGCCCUGGUGGACACUGAGGAGCCCACAAAGGGCCCAGACAUGGCCCUCCAUGGCCUCAGCCUUGGCCUCUCCCUUACCAAUGGCCUAGCCCUGGGGCCAGAGUCGAACAUUCUGGAAGAUUCUACAGAGUCCAGGCCCUGGAGGGCUGGUGGGCUGGCGGAGGGUGAGGAUGCCUCCAGGAGCCUCUGUCCAGACACUGAGGACCCUCAGCUGGGGCUGGGUGGCCCCGGAGAGCCAGAUGUGCGGGAUGGCUUCAGCGCCACUUUUGAGAAGAUUGUGGAGUCAGAGCUACUGCGGGGCACCCAGUACAGCAGCCUUGACUCCCUCGAUGUGCUGAGCCUCACAGACGAGAGUGACAGCUGCGUCAGCUUCGAGGCCCCCCUCACACCCCUCAUCCAGCAGAGGGCCCGUGACAGCCCUGAGCCAGGGGCUGGUUUGGGCAUUGGGGACAUGGGGCCUGAGGCGGACAUGGGAGCAGCUGGUGGUGAUGGGGAGCUGGGCAGCCCCCUGCGGCGCUCCAUCUCCUGUAGUCGCUCAGAGAACGUCCUGAGCCGCCUGUCUCUCACGGCCGUGCCCAAUGGCUUCCAUGAAGAUGGACCCCAGGGCCCAGAUGGGGAUGAGGAUGAAGAGGAGGAGGACACAGACAAGUUGCUGAACUCAGCCAGCGACCCGAGCCUAAAGGAUGGCCUGUCGGACUCUGACUCAGAGCUGAGCAGCUCGGAGGGGCUGGAGCCUGGGGGCACAGACCCACUGGCCAAUGGGUGCCAGGGGGUCAGUGAAGCUGCUCGCCGGCUGGCACGCCGCCUCUACCACCUCGAGGGCUUCCAGCGCUGUGAUGUCGCCCGGCAGUUGGGCAAGAACAACGAGUUCAGCAGGCUGGUGGCCGGGGAGUACCUCAGCUUCUUUGACUUCUCAGGCCUAACUCUGGACCGAGCACUCAGAACCUUCCUGAAGGCCUUCCCGCUGAUGGGGGAGACACAGGAGCGCGAGCGUGUUCUUACGCACUUCUCCCGCCGGUACUGCCAGUGCAACCCUGAUGACAGCACCUCAGAAGACGGAAUCCACACCCUCACCUGUGCGCUGAUGCUGCUCAACACGGACCUGCACGGACACGUGAACAUUGGCAAGAAGAUGUCCUGCCAGCAAUUCAUUGCCAACUUGGACCAGUUGAAUGAUGGCCAAGACUUUGCCAAAGACCUGCUGAAGACCCUUUACAACUCCAUCAAGAAUGAAAAGCUGGAAUGGGCCAUUGAUGAGGACGAACUGAGGAAAUCACUGUCUGAGCUGGUGGAUGACAAGUUUGGGACAGGCACAAAGAAGGUGACACGGAUCGUGGAUGGUGGCAACCCCUUCCUGGAUGUCCCGCAGGCUCUGAGUGCCACUACCUAUAAGCAUGGUGUGCUGACCCGGAAGACUCACGCCGACAUGGAUGGCAAGAGGACACCCCGUGGGAGGCGUGGCUGGAAAAAAUUCUACGCGGUGCUCAAAGGGACCAUCCUGUACCUGCAGAAGGAUGAGUACAGGCCUGACAAAGCUCUGUCCGAGGGUGACUUGAAGAAUGCCAUUCGUGUGCACCAUGCUCUGGCCACCAGGGCCUCUGACUACAGCAAGAAGUCCAACGUGCUCAAGCUGAAGACGGCCGACUGGAGGGUCUUCCUGUUCCAGGCACCGAGCAAGGAAGAAAUGCUAUCCUGGAUCCUUAGGAUCAACCUGGUGGCUGCCAUCUUCUCGGCCCCAGCCUUCCCAGCUGCUGUCAGCUCCAUGAAGAAGUUCUGUCGGCCCCUGCUGCCCUCUUGUACCACUCGCCUCUGCCAGGAGGAGCAGCUGCGUUCUCAUGAGAAUAAGUUGAGGCAGGUGACUGCAGAGCUGGCUGAGCACCGGUGUCACCCAGUCGAGAGGGGCAGCAAGUCCAAGGAGGCUGAGGAGAACCGGCUGAAGGAACACUAUCUCACUUUUGAGAAAAGCCGUUAUGAGACCUAUAUCCACCUCCUGGCUGUGAAAAUCAAAGUGGGCUCAGAUGACCUGGAACGAAUUGAGGCCCGGCUGGCUACCCUGGAAGGGGAUGACCCUUCUCUCCGGAAGACACACUCAAGCCCUGCCCUCAGCCAGGGCCAUGGAACUGUGACUGGCAGCAAAGCCACGAAGGAUACCACUGGGCCUGAUACUUAGCUGGUGUAGAUGGGCAGGCCCUGAGGCAGACAAAUGCCCCCAGAGGGGUCAGUGAGCACAAUUCCAGCCAGGGGCCACUUGGACCAGCUCCAGGCAGUUGAUGGGCAGCCAGAAGGGUGCAGAGAUCCCUGUAGGCCAAGGAGAUGGAGAUGCUAUUCAUGGCAUUUGUCUUCUUGCAUCCUGGGGCUUCUCUGGGCCUCAGACCCUCUCCGUAGCCCUCACAUCCCUCUCCAGCAUGGAGCCUCAUUUUGCAGGCCAGCUGUGUGCAUGCUCUAGAUGCCAUCUCACUGGAGAAGUAGGAAGAGUGGUUGGCUUCCUAAGCCCUCUUGUUCUCACACAUUCCUCCCCUCAUCUCCCUUGUUGCUGAGGGCAGGUCUUGACUCCAGGUCUCAGCUUGGACCCCCACCCUUUCUUCUCCUCCUUCCUCUGAGUUGACCAGCAGCAGGUCUGCAGACCACCAGCACCAUCCUCUCCUCCCUCCACCCAGCAGCCUCUGGAACCACAUCCCGUUCUCCUGCCUCACAUCGCAAUAAUCCAGGACCUGGGCCUGCGCCCUCACUGCCAAGCUGUCUCCACUCACUUGUGCGUCCACCUCACCUUCCAUCCAUUAAGGCCACUAUUGCUUUCUUUUAUACGGACAUAAAUGUAUAUAUAUAAGAAUUAUAUAUAAACAAGGAACCUCUUUAAAGAUGGUUUGGAACUGAUAUCAGUUAGAGGAUGAAAUAAGAUGAAGGAAAAACCUAUUUCAGAACUCCACCUGUUAGUGAGGAGGGCUGCUAUCUGGCACCCUGACACACUGGGAGGGAAGGUGGAGAUAGUGCUGACCUCCUCUCACCCCAUUUCUUCUCUCUUCCGGCUGACCUGUGACUUACACUUCUCUUACAGUUGAUGUUUUGGAAUAAAUAGUGCGUAUGUGUGCCACUCCAUCUGUUCCACAGGCAUCCUGGGUGUGAGUGAGAUGGGACCAUGGCUCUGUUUAUACAUCGGUCUUUAUGUUGGUGCUGCCAGGUCUCUGAACUCCAGGGGUGGCCUCUUGUACAGAUCUACUGCUACAGGAAUAAAAGACACUCUGCUUUGCAAAUA